UCCAUACAAAUGAGCCAGCAUGAUGAAAGCAGCAGUGAAAAUGACAGCUCCAGUGGCGAGGAGGAGGCAUCGGGGGCGGAGCAAGAGGAAGAGGAAGAGGUGGAAGAGGUUGAACAGGAGGAACAUCAGGAGGAACAGGUGGAACAGCAGGUGCAGGAGGAAGAGGAACAGGUGGAACAGGAGGAACAGCAGGUGCAGGAGGAACAGGAACGGGUGCAGGAGGAACAGGUGGAACAGGAGGAACAGCAGGUGCAGGAGGAGCAGGUGGAACAGGAGGAGCAGGUGGAACAGGGCGGACAGCAGGAGCAGGUAGAACAGCAGGAGCAGGUGGAAUUGGUGGAAAAGGAGGAACAGGAAGAAGAGGAGGAUGACGAGGAAGAAGACUUCAAAGAUUCAGCACUGACAAAAUUUCUCACAAGGCGUGCCCUGGAAAAGGUGGAAGGAAGGGCCACCAGGUGCCCUAUAGUGGAGGAGCUGAUGAACGAGCUCGUGCAGACCUUCAGAUUCAUCUGGUCCAACAGCUUCUUCCCGGUGCUGCAGCCCGCCAUUGGGGUGGGCAGUGCCUUUGAAGGCUGGAGUCCCCGGGAGUGGGACAAUGUGUACUGCCUGCUCGUGCCCAUAGAGCCUCCCCCCGGGCACACCUUCCUCCUGGAGCUGGGAGAUGAAGGGCACGGGCUGGCAAGGAACUCCCGCGUCCGCGUGGAGCUUCAGUGCAUGUGCCAAAGGGAGAAGCAGCUGGGGAAUGUGCUGUGCUUCCUCCACCACCAUGAGGAAGAGCUGAGCCAAAAUCAGGACCCCAGCCUGCUACAGACUCUCUGCACUGACUCCUACCUGGAUGUGGAGAGAACUGUCACCUGGUUCACCGCACAGGUGGCAGCAAUCUGGAAGACCAACCACGCGCACGCCUACAGCCUGAAGGUGCUGCCUUCCAGACGCUCCUGCAAGCUCCAGCUGACAGAAGCCUACAGCGGGGAAAAAGUCCUCGUCGAGCUGCUGUUCGGGGUGCAGCAAGAAUACUCGGACAUCUACCUGACCAGCCAAGACACAGACGCCGGCUUUACGCCCAGCACAACAUGGCCACAGAGCUGCGCUGUGGCAGAAAAGAAGUUCUUCCAGCACACGGCCAGGAGUACCGGACAGGACAGCUCCCACCUGCACUGCCUGACGUUGCUUGCCAGCAUCUUAGUGGGCAUGGGCUUUUCCACCUAUGUCAUCAAGACUCUUGUCCUCCACACUUUGGCCAUCAUCCCUUUGAAGAAGUGGCGCAGGAAGUAUUUCCUGAAUCGGAUGGAGAAUCUCCUGCGGUACCUGCGCUUCUGCCUGGAUGAGAAAUGCCUGAACCACUUCUUCCUUGGCAGCAAGUCGGUGCACAGCACGAUUGUCCUGCCGAAGUCCUUCCGAUCCGCCAAGCCGCUCAACCUCUUCCAGCACCUGGAGGAGGACCCGGACGCCCACUCCAUAGCGCUGCGUGAGUUCAGGGAGCUGAGAGAUCGCUACAUCAGACUGCUGCUGUUCGGACGCUGAGAGAGACCUUUGUCCGAACCCUUCUCUUGUUUUGGCUGCAAGCUCACAUCCUGUGAGCAAUAAGACUCUGAGACCUAUUUAGGAGGCCAGAGGUGGCUGUUUCCUUGUGGCAGUCAGUGUCACGUUGGAGAGAGCUUACCAGUGGAAGAUCCGGCCUGUGACCAAAUGACUCCAUCUUGGUAUGGGAGAUCUGGGGAUGGAACCAUUGUAUCUUGUGAAGGCAAGAUGCAAACAGAUGCUUCCCUGCUCCCUCUGACGACCAUCUCUACUGAAGAUCAACAUC